CCCUCUACAGGGACGUCAUGCAGGAAAACUACGAGACAGUGACCUCACUGGGAUUCCCCCUUCCCAAACCUGAGCUGAUUGUCCAGCUGGAACGAGGCGAAGAGCCAUGGGUGCCCGAUCUCCGGCCCUGCAAGGAAAGAAGGCUUUCUAGAUGCCCCCAUACAGGUCCGUUGUGGGUCCCUGCCAAAAAUGUGCGACCGUGGCACGAUGACGUGGCAUCAAAGCCUCAAGAACCCGAUAUCCAACUUCAAUCUGACCCUAACAGAGACCUUUCCAGCGUGCCAAGCCACAAAGACGGCACCAAAGGUUACCUGGGGGCAGGUGAAACGACUGGCGCAGCAGGCUCAGCAAAUGCUGGAGAAUAACAAGGCCAAGCCUACCCCCGAGAAAUUUACUGCUGUUAUUUUUGCUUGUUUGAUUGCUAAUUCUUUUACCAUAUUGUUGUGUUGUUUUUGUGUGUUACCGGCUAGGGCCGAAUUUGAAUAGCAUAGCCGCAUGUGUUAUAAUAUGUGGGCUCGACUUGUGAUCCUUGCCUAUUAAUUUUGCUUUUGUUUACAGCAGGCCCCUGAGAUGCAUGGCUUGUUAGGCACCUGCCUGGUCCCAGUAUGUAAGGCACCGGGCAGUGCUGCACAUGCAACGGGGAUGUUUAAUUUUAUAAAUUCCAUAUUAGAUAAUAGAGCGGUAAUUGAUUACCUGCUAUUGCUUAGCCAUGUGGGAUGUGAGGAGGUAUAUGGCAUGUGUUGUUUUAAUCUGACAGACAAUUUUAAACGGAUUCAUGCACACAUAGAUAACCUCCAAGAAUUGGCACAACACAUUCAGCAGGACAGGAACCCACCAUGGUGGGAUGACCUUUGGGCGUGGAUGCCAUCCAUGGGAUGGGUCCGAACUGUUUUGCAAUAUGCUUUGAUUGUUAUCGCCUGCUUGAUUGGUUUUUGUUGCUUUGCUCAGUGUAUUCCUAAUAAUAUUAGGAUGUGCUUUACACCCUGUAGGCGCAAACCCCUGCCUACAUUCCAAGCCGUCAUGUAUGCCCAUAGAAUCAUGAAACAUGCGGACCAGGCACGGGUCGACAAAACAGAAAAGGAGGGGAUGUAGGAAUGUUACACUUCUCAAGCGCUAAGGGGGUUGGAAUGCCGCCCCCGGAUUUAGAGCGGCUGAAGUGAUUCCCACACCUCCACACUCCCGAUCAGGAGACUCACUGAUAAAGCGCCGACCAGGUGCAUACUUCGGGAGUACACAAUGCAUAAGGCACCAAUCAGGGGAGGGGGCGAAGUAGUUGGAUUAUGUUAGCACAUGCGCAUAAUAGCAUGAUUUAUGUAACCACUUAUAAUAAAUAGACGUGGACAGCCCCGUUGGGGGCGGCUCCACGGCACUCCACCGGAACAGACUGACUGACUUGGCUUCAUUCAUUACUACAAUCCCUAUAUUGAAAAUUGGUAGAAAACUUUGUAUCAAAUGUUAUAGCCCCUAAGGAUAGUAUAGUUAAAGUAAAAGAAACAUGUGCCUUUUUGCUAGAAGUAGAAUAAGAUCUCCCCCCCACUCUGUAAUCAAUUGCCCUAUUGACUGAAUGAGGU